AUGAAGAAGGAUCCCUCGCGGGCUCGUCUUGGUGGCGCGGAAUUCGAAUUCAAGUUGGCAGGCCUGGUAAAUGCCCGCCUACACGCUCUGCAGCGCCGCCAACCUCAACUUCAGCUCCGCUACGAGUUAGCCACGAACGUUCAGGGAGCCAACCCCUUCGACGACAUCGUCUUGCGCGUGCGCUGGAGAGACGGCGAGGAAGAGGAACAGAGGAUCAACUACUUCUUGCAGCUGAAGCAAGCAGAAGGCACGCAUCGUUACUUAGAACAGCAGCAUUUCGUGGUGGAUGAAACACAGUGCAAACGAAACAAUUUCAGCCUCACGAAGUUCGUGUUGUACACCACGAAGGACGUGAUGCUCGGGUGGCAGCCGUCAUCACCGAGGCUGCAGUUCGCCUUUCCCUUAGAAGACAUCUUCUGCACAACCGACUGGGGACAGAUACUCACAUUCGAUGAAAGCUGCCAGAAAAUCUGGAACCUGAUAGAAGGUCCUGACGAAUACCUCUUUCGUACAGAGUUCUUACCUCGGUUACGAAUUUUUGGUGGUCAGGCGCAGCCAUCUGCGUUGGAUCAACUAAUAGCAGAAGCUACCACUGACGCCCUGGGCGGGCAGCUCCCUCGCGACGAGGUCUUUCUCUUCAAGUACCUGUCGUUCCUGCGCGACUGGUGGCAGAGCAGCGAAGGUGACUGUCUCACAGAAAGUACCACCGAGCUGGAAGACAUUAUCCGCGACGACAUCAACGACUCCACCUGCACCGAGUGCUUAUUCUUCCAGGAGCGCUAUUGCGAGGCACUGGCCAAUCAGCUGCAGGACGGUCACGCCUCCUACAUUGUGACGCCCAGCAUACCUGCGAGUUUACGUCACUCGAAACUGAAACUUACUUUUGGAAAAACCCUCCCAAGAACGUUCAUAAUUAUCUCAAAUACGAACGUGGAAGAAUAUCCAUUAGAAGCUUUGUUGUCUGUGUGCGAGAAACUCGCCGAAGAAGUGGUGUUAACUCUGGAUUGUGUUAACGAACAGGUUCUACAUUUCGCUGGUGAAAUCUUGGCCAGACAAACGUGUAACUUGCGAAUCGUGUCGUCAACGUGGGAACGUAGUGUGCACGACGUUUUGGCACGUAUGGCGCAGCGGUACACCACCUGGUCCGAGGUUUGGGCGCUGGGGCACAUGCAGGAUAUCGAGGCUCAGCGCCUCCUGGAAGCGCACGUCUUGUUCCAAGGUCACGAGGUGGCGCUGCAGGAGCUGGACGGCGCGUGGCCGUCGAUGCGCCGUGAAGUGAGCGGGGCGACUCUCGCAGCCUUGGCCACUGGAGACACUGUGGCUUUCGGCGCUCCUCUGCCGGAGAUGGAGGAACAUUAUGUGCAACGGGAGCUGUACCACAAGGCGGAGUUAAGCAGAGACGUGUUUCAACUAUCGAGCAGUUUGGAGCACUUUUUUCUGAAAGGAUUCCCAGAGUCCGAACUUGCUCGCCUGCAGUCCGACGAUUGCCCGUGGAAAGAGAGCUACGAAAUGGAGGAGCCUACGCGAAAUGACCGCGGACAUCGCCCGAGCCUGCGCCGUCAUCUUAACACCACCACGACUUGGAGCCAGUGGACCGACACCGACGAAGAGAUCCUGCUGGUGCAGGACACCUCUCAGGAGCCCAGAAACCUGCACUGGCUGUCGUUCACGCACGGGCAAAUCGUGUGGCACAAGAGCAGCGGAAGCAGCGCCGCCCUGCGGCCGUUUGUGCAGCGCCGCAGCGCCGAGUGCGGCGACGACAGCAACUGCGCGCACGCCGACUGCGAGGGGCUGCUGGGGUGGCGCGCGCGGGAGCUGCUGCUG